UGGAGCAACAUUUGAAAGAGACACACCGAGAGGAAGGGUCAAAUUUGUAUUUUGAAUUUAAAUGACAGAAAUCCUAAAUUAUGGAAAUGUGACUGGUUUGUUAUGUCUAACCAUGGACAACCUCACACAAAACCUGAAACUUGUGUUUAGUUUCAGGAGUUUUCUUGCGUCACAACCGACUGGCUGCAGACAUUCACAGAACCGAACCCGCUGCUCUCUGCGACUCAUGCUGGCAGCAGGCUUAACAUGUUGGUACAGGAGCUGCGCUGAAGCGGCCUCAGCCACACGUGCGCUGUAUUUGUAAGCUCAAGUCCUUGAAUGAAACAUGAAGAGCAGCAGUCCAACACCGUCACUGUGCGGACAAGAGCCUCCGCCGCGGACCGGACUGCAGCUUCGGAGUUAAAUUGGCGCACCAGUCCCAUGUAGACCGCGCCGACCCAAACAGGCGCUAGUCAGGGCGCAGAAAAUACAAACUAACAAACUAACUAACCGACAAACUAACUAACUAACCGACAAAAAACGAACAAACAAACUAACUACCCAACUAACAAACUAUCUAACAAAUAACAAACAAACAAACAACAACGCCAACACAGCGCUCGCUUUCGAUUUGCCGCUCGUGCUGAGGGCGCGUGGAGCGGCGGGUGGAUCGGUCCUCGCUCAUAUUCUCGGAUGGCUUCCAGAGGCUCGACAGGACAGCAAGGUUGAUUUAUUUAGCAGAAAGUUCUCGUCAGAGCGCGGCCGAGGAGUAUAUUAGUAUUUCAGGAGUCACACAAGCUGGGAGACUGGAGUGGCCUCCAUGAUGCAAAACAGUCACAGUGGAGUAAACCAGCUGGGAGGUGUGUUUGUGAAUGGGAGACCUUUACCUGAUUCUACCAGGCAGAAGAUAGUGGAGCUGGCACACAGUGGAGCUCGACCCUGUGACAUAUCCAGAAUACUACAGGUGUCAAAUGGCUGUGUGAGUAAGAUCUUGGGCAGGUACUACGAGACAGGUUCCAUCCGUCCUCGGGCCAUAGGAGGGAGUAAACCCAGGGUGGCCACUCCAGAGGUUGUGGGAAAGAUCGCUCAGUACAAGAGAGAGUGUCCAUCCAUUUUUGCCUGGGAGAUUAGAGACCGACUGCUUGCAGAGGGAGUCUGCACCAACGACAAUAUACCAAGUGUUUCAUCCAUUAAUCGAGUGCUCAGGAACCUGGCCAGUGACAAGCAGCAAAUGGGCACAGUGGGACCUGAAGGGAUGUUUGACAAACUCAAGAUGCUCAAUGGACAAAACUCAUGGGGAGGACGCUCAGGGUGGUACACUGGGACCACACUCACUACAGCUGAGUGUCUACCUUCAGAGGGAGGAGAGAACACCAUAUCAGUUAGCUCCAAUGGUGAAGACUCAGAGGAGACUCAGAUGAGGCUUCAGCUGAAGAGGAAACUGCAGAGAAACAGGACGUCUUUCACACAGGAGCAGAUAGAAGCACUGGAGAAAGAAUUUGAAAGGACUCACUAUCCAGAUGUGUUUGCCCGAGAACGCCUUGCCAACAAAAUAGAUCUCCCAGAGGCAAGAAUUCAGGUUUGGUUUUCCAACAGACGAGCAAAGUGGAGAAGAGAGGAAAAAUUGAGAAACCAACGCCGUCAGGUGUCCAACUCCUCCAACCACAUUCCCAUCAGCAGCAGCUUCAACGCCAGUGUUUACCAGCCUCUACCACAACCUACUACACCAGUAUCCUUUACAUCGGGAUCCAUGUUGGGAAGGUCAGAUCCAGUUCUCUCCAACAGCUACAGUCUACCAGCCAUGCCCAGCUUCAGUAUGGCUGCCAGCCUCCCUAUGCAAGGUUCCAGUCAGACCUCAUAUUCCUGCAUGCUGCCCACCAGCCCCACUGUAAAUGGACGAAAUUUUGAGACGUACACUCCUCCACACAUGCAGCCACACAUCAACAGCCAGUCAAUGACCUCCUCUGCAACAUCGUCAACAGGUCUGAUUUCCCCUGGUGUUUCAGUUCCAGUCCAAGUUCCAGGAAGUGAAGCAGACAUGUCACAGUACUGGCCACGCCUGCAGUGAUGUCGUUCCUCACGUCAGUCUUUUGCUUGUUGGAAAUGAUGCAACAGGACAGUUUGGGACAUCACAGCCUGACCUAUCCCUAUUUUACAGCUUGAAUGUCAAAAAGGACCUGUCAUCAACUGAAACAGUCUAUACUGCAGCAAAUUAAUAUGAAGACGUGACUUUCUUUAGUGACUGCAAGAAAAUGUUUAAACCAAAUUGUGGAGGAGUUCUCUCUCAGCAUCAUCUCCAUCAGUCACCAUUCAAAUUCUGACUGGUGAGGACACUAUUCCGAAAGGAAAAGCUCUGGCCUGAGCUGUAACUCAGGAAGCUCAGGAGUGUAGAACAGAAGCCCACACAGGAAGAAACAGUUCUGUGGGAAGACAUAUUACCUCCACUUUCAGUUCCUAAUUUAUAUCAUGUUGGUGUAUUUGUGGCAAAAAUGACUGAAAUGUAAAAGGAAGAAACUUGAAAUAUCCUGUCUGCUGUGAACUUGUUUCAAGCGCAGAUCCAAAAAGCCCCAACCUGGAAUGUGUACAGAACUUGAGAAUAUGGAUUCUGGUGAAAUGUGUUUUGUAUUGUAAAAAUAUUGCCCUGAAUGUGAUCUGCUAAUUGGCAUUGAUGCUGAUUUUGAACUGAAAAUAUGUUUGUUUGGGGGGUGGGGGAUGGGGGUCUUAAUUUGUUUUAAUUCCAAAGCUCCUGUGUCCACAAAUUCAAAAGCAACUGCUGUAAGCAGAACAAACACUUUGCUAGCUUAUAAAAAGUGAACAUUAGAUUGUGUCUGCCAUGUACAUCAGUUUCUAAUUUCAAAGUGUUAAGUAUUUGUCCUCUACAGUGAUCAAGGAUGGUUUCCAUAAUAAAGUUAUUUCAAAUACAAUCACUUGUAGAGUAACACUGAACCAUCCCUAGUGCACCUGGACUCAAAUGAACAGCCCUCUGAGAAAACCACUGAAUUGGAGUGGAAGUUUUUCUCCACCACUCCGUAGAUUUGGAGAAUCUAUGAAAAGAGGCAUUGAAGUUGUUGUUGACUGUUGUAGAGACUUGCUAGUGUCAUUUGCAGCAGAGAAUGAAUAUGUUCAGUCAUCCCAGUGGUAGGACACAGCUUAACUACCUCCAAGAUGAGUUUGUUGUUGUUGUUCAGUCGUGAGAAUGUUACACAGUUCAUCCACUAAGAUUAUUUCUACAUGAGUCAUUUAAGGUUUUUGCUGUGACAUGAUGAUUGUUGAGGUCACAUGUAGGAUGUGAAGGUCACAGGCAGAUGUGUGAUGGUUGUCAGAGUUACAUAAAUAAGUCUCACCAGGAAAUGGUUUUAUUGAUCAAAAGUUUCAAGAACAAUAUUGCCAAAGUAAAAAAAUUACAUUGUCCAAAUGUUUGUACCAUACACAAUAAUAGCAAAAUAAUCAUUGAAAAAAAUGCUAUACUUUGUGAGCAAGCACACUCAAAAAUUCAAAACUUUUGCCUGUUUCACUGCAGUUGUGCAAGUGGUCUUUUCUGUACUUCGCUUUUCAAAGAUGGCGGACACGCUUGCUCAUGCACUACUCAAAUUGGGCAUCUACUUAGAUCGGGUAGUGACAGCCCCCAACCUGGCAGGGGUGGACUGGGCCAGGAAUCUAAUACCGGUCCAGACUGUUUCCAGGCCAUCUGCACAUUCACUCUGUUCAUAUCAGACCAUCCUGGAUUUCUGUUUUCUUAUUUUUUAAAUGUACUGUUUUUGCCAGUAAAAUAUCUCUUACUUUCUUCCUCAUGUUUCUGGCAGACUAUUACUGCUCUGUGUUUUUUUUUUUUUUUUUCUAAUUUACCAUUUAAUAAAAAUGACAGCAGAGAGAUGACAGGAAAGGGGAUGGAAGAGAGAGAGGAUGACGCUUGUCAAGGGUCACAUGUUGAAUCUGAACCCAGUUCUCCUUAAAGACUGCAGACAUUUAUACUUGUGCAUUGUUUGGCUUUUGACAACUUACUGAUGUCACACAUCUUGCAUGCCAUAAUCCUGUGGUUGAUCUGCUUUGAGCUUGUGCCAUAAAACCACUUCAGAAGUGGAUCUAGACCUUUCUUUUCAAACAGGCUUGGUGCAGUGGAGUUAACACUUGCCCAAGCUAGCUGAAUCAACCGGAAAAUGAAUGCACUAAAUUGCUUAGCUGUAAAAAAAAAUUGUGCAAGAUCCAAACUAUACUGACAACCUGUCCAGGGCAUACCUCUCACCC